ACGCCACACGUAGAUCUACACCAGUAUAAUUAUUUGGCAAGCGAAAGUUCUGGUUCAUUAGGCAUUACUUCUUCGAUUGUUCCGUUCUGGAGUCAGUGGAGAGGGAAGCUAGCUAACCGAAUCAUCACCGCCUGCAGGCUAUGGCUGAUACAGCCGACGCAGACAAAGAGUAGUCCUGGAGCGAAUCCAGGGAGAUCUGGAGAAUGAUGCGGUAGACGCUCACUGAGUGCCGAUCAUGUCACAAAGUGCAAGUGAUCCAGGUGGGCAGCGGUCUAACUCUAAGCCCGGCGGGCCAUCUACACAGCAAGCAAGCCAGACAGGUGCGUCCAGCACCGCCACGAAUUCAGCAGAUCCCGAUGCUGCAUCGGGUACAAGCGAUUUCUUUGACCUUAAGCGCAGCUGGGGUAAGGCUGCGGACAUCCAGCCCAACCAAGCCCAUCCAGCGGCGCAUGACUAUCGCUAUGGAAACCAGCGUUAUCACCAUGGUGAUGUGCAGUACGACAGCUCAUACUAUGCAGGCAUGCCUUCUCAGCAGGCAGCAGCUGCAGCAACAGCAGGAACAGUAGGUGGAUAUGAUGAAGGGCUGGGUCUAAGUGCACCUCAGUACCAGUAUUCCCAGGCCAGAUAUGGCCAGCAGGGAGCAGGCCGUCAAUAUGCUGCAACACAACACUAUUAUCCCCAAGCUGGGCAUCUGCCGUCACAUGGUAAUACCUCGUAUCACCAAUACCCGGCCGGCUCAGCGUAUCAUCAUCAACAGCAGCAGCAGCAGCAGCAGCUGCCCCAGUACAUGCCAGAGCAGCUAGAUCUCUAUGGGUAUGGGGCCACUGCUCAGCAGCAGCCCCAUCACCACUACCAGCAACAGCAGCAACACUACCAUCAGCAACAGCACUAUCCUCAUCAGCAGCAGCAACAACAACAGCGCACGGCGCACACAGCUCAGGGAGCCGGUGGUGGUCGUGCACCAGCGUCGGGCACAGGAGAUUGGUGCGAUCUGUUCUCGCAGCUAAAAACGUCCGAAGUGACAGCCACAACAAUGCAGAAUACAUCCACUACCAUAUCAGCAAGGGAUAACAGCGUGACGUUCACAACCACUACGACGAAAACAGUGACAGUCACGAUGACACCUUCUGCUAGUUCGAACACAAGAUCAAUAACUUCGUCAAGCUCUGGGACGAGUGAGUUUGACUCAUGGUCAGCGCACGCCCAAUCCUUUUCCACGGGCUCAUCGGAUAGCCAGGCUUGUGAACUUCCCAGUGAUGUAAAACAGAAGAGAAGCUCACUGGAGUCUGUUGGCAAUGAAACAACGACAGUCAAAACUCAGCCGCCAUCUCAAGCAAACAGCCGGAGCCGCAUGAUGUCAGCCACAUCUCAAGGAAAUGCAGGAGGCAAUCCAGUGGAGGGCAGCACUCGUGGAACAAGUACGGUCCGCGGCUCAGCCGGCCAAAAUGGACGCGGUAACAGCGGACACAGCAAUGCUUCAGACAAGGUGUAUGGUGGAGGCGGUGUGGGUAUUGGCGAUGCAACUAGCCAGAUGAGUUACAUAGAGAAUAACAGUGGCACUGGUAAUGGUCAUGACACACACUAUGUGCAGUGGCAAUCAGCUCCGGACAAUGGUAGCUUGCCUUCUCUGGUCACGAGUGACAAGCAACCUCGAGUGCAACCAGCCUCUGCCCGGGUACACGGCUCUCGAUUCCAAGGCCUUGAAGUAGAGGAAACACCUACUGCCAGUGCCGAGAGCCAGGCAGAAUCAAUCAGUAAAGAUACAUCUGGGCAAGCGUCAAGAGGUGGAAAGGUGGCAGCGGAGCCCCACAUAUCAGACAUGUCUCAGCUAGCAAGGAAAUCUUCUGUAAGGCAACAGGCAGCCCAGUCCGCUUCAGCCAGUACAAAAAAGAAGCAAGGCAAUGCUGCCACUGGCGGCAACAGCGGUUCCCGUAAGCAAGCAGAGAAGUCAACAAGCAGCAGCAGCGCUAAGAAUGCGUCUGCUACAGCUAAGUCAGUCCACGCUGGGAAAGGUCAGACACAAUUUGACAACAAUCUACGCGGAGUAUUCCAAACAUCCAGCAAGAAGACCCCAGCUAAGCCUGCACCACCAGCCAACGAACCGAGCAAGGAAGAAACGGCUCGGCUUGCGUCGACUCGUGACUCGGCACCAAAAGCCCAAAAGUCCGGUGUUGACUUCGCCUCCAACUUGAGAGCACACUAUGGGUCACCUGAAAAGAGUACCUCGUCCACUACUACAGCCAGUGAGGGCAAAUCUAGUACCCAACAGAAAGAGAAGAUGAUUCCCGAAAAGAAAACAUCUGAGCGAGCUGGUGAACAUGGCACAGAAAAGCCGGUGAGUAGAAAACUGGACAUGAGCUCAUCAUCUGCAGCAGCACAAACAGCCGACAAAGCAGCUGCCCCUGUCACCACUGCUACAACAACGCCAAAACCUACUGCUGCACCUGAAAAGGAUCAUACUGAGCAACCAUCACGACAACAAAAGACCAGUGUGGCUGGCAAGCCUCGAGACCCGCCGAAAAAGCCUGGUGAUUCAAGCACAGACAAGGGCGCCGUUCAACAAGGCACUAAGAGCAACUCCUCAGUGAAGACGCCACCUGACCCGCAGCUCAGACAAGCUGCACUCCGUGAAGAUGAUCCACACACAGUGCAUGGCCCGGUGUUUGAAGACAUGCCUGUGACAUCAACACCAGAGGAAAUCAAGCGGUCUAAGGAACUCGUGCUUGCUGGGAAUGAAUUUCAAAAGCAAGGUCAACUUCAACCAGCUAUUGAUCUGUAUACUCAAAGUUUUGAGCUGGCUCCUGAUUCAACGUUUGCGAAGACUACACUCUACAACAGAUCGUCCUGUUGGAUUAAGUGCCAAUUCUUUGAGCAAGCUUUGAACGAUGCGCAUUCGUGCGUUCAAAUCGAUCCCUAUUACGUGAAGGCCCACCAGCGCAGGGCUGAUGCAGCUCUGAAGCUGGGACGUAUCGGUGAGGCACUGACCUAUCGCUUAGAGCAGUACCAGGCUAUGGAGAAUGGGCCAGACUACUUCUCUCUCGAAGACUUCAGCACUACGCUGCAUAAAGCUGUGGUGAUUGCUGCACUGAGCCGCUCAGAUGGAUGCUUCAAGGAGCUCUGUUUGGAUAGCAGUCUUCAGAAUGAACAACACUUCGCGAUGGUCAUCGAGCAUUUCAUCAAGAAUAAGUCGUGGGAACAGCUGGCGUAUCUGCUGGCUGGGUCGUCCGGAGUGGACACGUUAAACAAGCGCAAGUACCAGGCUUCACCAUGUGGCAUCCUGCGCCAUUUUCCUCGCUUGAGGAUAAAUGACGGGCGCAGGCUGUCCGUCACCGAUCUCCUCUCCAGUGGCAGUAAGUUUAGCAGCCGCACUGUACUGCAUCAGCUGCACCUGCUCGGCGCUAAUUGGAAUGUGCCCAACGCACACGCUGUGCAUCCGCUACGAGCAAUCUGGACAAUGGCGCCGUUCCGAGAAAAGAUCUUCUUGCUUCUCCUGGAGUGGGGUGCAAGCCCUCCAACAAUAUUCGGCGAGCCACCAUGUGCAGAUGUGUCUCCACUCCAUGCUGCAACGCAGUUUGCACUCAAGGCAAAAUCAGGUGGCUUGGAAGAGCUACGUCGUAUGCUUCAAUUCAUGUCCCGAGAGAAGGAGAAGACGAGUGACUGGAUAUGCAACAGUCGCAGGGAAAGUCCCUUUGAUCUCGCCUGCAGAGGAAAUCGCCAGGAAAUCGGUGUCAAGGUGAUUGAGGAGCUGGCAAAUGUGACUUACGGCAUCGACCCUGUCAAGUUUGAUCCACCUCCAGAGCGAGUACUAAAACGGGGUGAUCACCGUGGCAGGGUUCUAGCUGAAAUGAGAAAGAAAUGGAAUGAAUGUCACACUGAUGAAGCUAAGUUGAAGGUUCAUCCUUCAGAGUCCAGUGCUAGUGCAGCACAAGUGACACUGGCUGAAUCAAAGGAAACGACGGAAGGCAAACUUGAUCAUGCCAUCAGCGUUGACACUGUCAAAGCCAAGACCAGCAAUGUCAGCAUUGACACCGCAAUGGUCAAGACCAGUGAUAAAACAUCAGAGGCUGAAGCAGAGGUGUCGGAAGGAGCUGAAGAAGCCGCGAUCUCAGAACCAGAGAAAACAGGACUGACAGCUGGGUCCGUGCACGAAUCGAGCAAGCAGAAGAAGAGGAAAAAGAAGAAGGCAAAGAGGCAGGCUGCAGCGUGGAGGAGUGCCCUAGCCACUACACCGAGCAAGCAUGUAGCUACAUCUCCGUAUGCUGGUGCAAGUGUACCGGACACUGUGGACGCACAUGCUGAGAACGGUGGAGGCAGAUCCGAACUGCAGCAAAGGCACGUCUACAGCAAACCAGAGUUUCAGCGAUCGCAAAGUGGAGGAAAGCCAGAUCGGCAGGCACAUGAAAGAACCACAUCACAGGCAGACACGUCUUCCCAUCCAGAACUUCAAACCCAGACUUCAGUGAAGCCCGUGGGAACAAGGAAGACAAUGGCAGCGGAGAAGGCUAUGCUGCUUGGCGACAUCCUAUCUGCUAUCAAGACUAUGAAGGACUAUGCUGAGGAACGCCGCGAUGAGUAUGGUGUUCAAGAAGAGGAGGAGGCUGAGGCAGUUGAUUGCACGGCACAAAGUGAGGAGCAAGCAACCGCUGACGAUGACCUGCACGAAGAUGACCAGAAGCUUCUGGAAAAAUUCAACAAGGGUGCGUGGGAGCUGCAGUGCAGUCCAGAAGUCAUAUUCCAACUCAAAGACAAGGCACUGUCUGCUGGCACACGACUGAAGGUCAUCCGAUGCUUGGCACAGCUAACUACUGGUAGCUGGCCACAGGUGGCAUGCUGUCCAGUGGAGCUGGAUGACGUGGAUAGCUCCUGUAAUCUGUUUACCUGGAAAGUUGCGGAUGAGAAUGUCGUCAUCAUCUGGCAGAAAUCCGUGGCUUUCUCACCCCGUCGCUCCGACCUGUCUGUCGUUGCGAGUGCUGAGGAUGUUGACAGAAGUCGAAUGGUCUUCACUGAAGUGUUGCGGGUGUGGGACGUACUAGCAUCCGACGGUGACAUCCAGAGGCGCUUGACGCACAUUUGCCAGUGCCAUAAGCGAGGCAGCACAUCAGCAGUGGAGAGAACACUGCGACAUUGUACCGGCGUAAUGGAAGCAAUGAGACACAACGGUGCUGUCAUUCCCAAGGUGUUCUCGGACACUGGAGCAGGCACCCCUGGUAAAGCCAAAGGAAUGGUCAAACUCCAUGCUCCUGCCAAUGCUGAUGAGCAAGAGUAUGAUGUGUUGAAGUUCUACGCAGUGACCACGCCAUUGGCUAAUGCUCUCGUUCGCCGCGAGCAACUUACCCCAACCAACUUCCCGUUCUUGAUCACUCCAGAAGAGCAAGCAUACGUGUGCUGCAGCAAUACUGAGUCAAUGCUCCUUCUCGGACGCAGUGGUACCGGUAAAACUACGGUCUGCCUCUACCGAAUGUGGUAUCACUUUGAGCAGUACUGGAUGAAUGCAUUCAAGAACAACACUGGUCCAACAUUGCCGCGUGUGUUGAGACACCUUAAAGACAGUGACAACGAUGGCUAUCACUAUGAUGGCUAUGAUGCAGACGAUAACCUUUACGAGGAUGGCAGCGCUGCCAACAGUGGAGUUGGUGCUGAGGCUGAUGCCCCUGCACCUGAAAUCUAUGACGAUCUGCAUCAGGUCUUUAUCACCAAGAAUCCGAUUCUCUGCAAGCGCAUGCACCGCAACUUUGCUCAGCUGAUCCAGGGCUCAACGGAUGAGAUCUCUGAGACGCACGACGCCAGUCUCCCGCUGCCAUCCUGCUUGCAGGAUCUGAUAGGCCAGCACUAUCCGCUGUUCCUGACUUCACGUCAAUGGCUUGUGCUGCUGGAUGGCUCCUUGCCGGGCCACAGCUUCUUCGAGCGGCGGCAUACCCACGGCCCACCGAUAGACAACACCUUUGCAAGCGCAGACCAGGAUGGUAAUGAGGUGGUUGAAGAUUUGCCGGAUGAUUGUGAUGAUGGCUUUGACCAGUUCACAGGAAAUGGUGCUGAACAGGAGGAGCAAGAAGGCAAUGCAGCCCAGGCAGAUGUGGAAGAUGAGCGUGUGUCCGUUCAAAGGCGAGAAGUUACAUACCAUGUCUUUGCCACCGAGCUCUGGCCAAAGAUUGCCAACAGCAAGAUUCGGGAAAGGUUCCAUCCGCUGCUUAUCUGGUCAGAGAUCAAAUCCUUCAUCAAGGGCUCCUUCAAAGCUCUGACUUCCAGCACCGCGCAGCGUAGCUACCUGAGUAAGGAUGAAUAUCAGCAACUUGGCAAGAAGAUGGCGUCCAACUUCAGUGGCGAUAGGUCGCUGGUGUAUGAGGUGUUUGAGCGCUACAGAGAUGAAUUGCAGCGGAGGCGUCUAUACGACGAGUGUGACCUUGUGCACAGUAUUUACCAGCGACUGGCAGAUCCUGGCUUCAAGAUGUCAGAUGAGUGGGCUCUACACCGGCUCUACGUGGACGAAGCUCAGGACUUCACACAAGCUGAGCUGGCAAUCAUCUUGAGAGCAAGCCAAGAUGCCAACAAGCUCUUCUUGACUGGCGACACAGCGCAGAGCAUAAUGCGAGGGGUGCACUUCCGUUUCAAGGACCUGAAGUCACUCUUCCACGAUGAAAGCACGAAGAUUGGCACCGCCCCGUCGCAUCAUGCCGCGGCUAUCAGGGUACCACCAGUGAAGCACCUUGAGUACAACUAUCGCUCUCACUCCGGUGUCCUGGGCAUGGCAGCGAGUGUAGUCGACCUCCUAUCGCGCUACUUUCCACAGUCGUUUGAUGAGAACUUGCCACGGGACAAGGCACUGUUUGAUGGGCCAAAGCCAGUCAUCUUGCAAACGCACUCUGUGGCUGACCUAUCCAUGGUUCUGGCCGGAAACAAACGCAGUGGAUCUCACAUUGAGUUUGGAGCUCGCCAGGUAAUUCUUGUCCAGUCUGCGGAGGUGAAGGAAAAACUUCCGAGCCAAUUUGGCAUGGCACUUAAGAUGACAAUAUUUGAAGCCAAGGGCUUGGAGUUCGACGAUGUUCUUCUCUACAACUUCUUCACUGACUCCAAGGCAAGUAAAAAAGAUUGGAGAGUUGUCACGCAGCACCUGGAGGAGUGGCUGCAGCAGAACCCAGCAGAAGGCCUUGCUAAAAUCGAUGAUGACGAUUAUGAAUACCCAAGGCCACUGGAUUUCAACAACGACAAGCACAAAGUACUAUGCUCGGAGCUGAAGUACCUGUACACUGCAAUAACCCGUAGCCGUGUCAAUGUGUGGCUGUACGAUGAAAAUGAUGAAUGCCGUGCUCCAAUGUUUGACUACUUCCGCCGACGUCGCUUGGUUCAAGUACGAGAUACAAGCAGUGGAGAUCUGACCGAUGUCUUCUCCAAGCAUUCAACGGCUGCCGAGUGGGAAGACCGUGGCGAGUAUUAUCUCGAGCAUCGCAUCUAUGACAUGGCUGCUGAAUGCUUCAAGCAGGCUGGUGAGCAUGACCGUGCAUGUCAGGCAUAUGCCUUUCAAGCUUUCAACGAGGCCAAGAAGCUCCGAACCAACGAGCAGCACAAAUCCCGGCUAGGGUUUGUGCGUGCCGCCGAGUUCUUCAUGCGAGUCAAUGACUAUGAGCCGGCUGUCCGCAGCCUCAGACUGGCUGGAGAGUUUCACAUGGCCGGUCGGCUGUAUGAGGAACUUCACAAAAUCAGCGCGGAACACGGAGAUGGCGACAUGCAAAGCUCUGAGAAGAUCAUCGGAGCAGCUUACAUGUACAAGCAGGCUGGUGACAUAUCUGCGGCAGUUCGCUGCUUCCAGACUGGCCACCAGUACCAGUCCGCCAUUGAUCUACUGACACGAAACGGUCGACACCAUGAAGCAAGAGAAGUGCGCAAGAGCUUCGAGCUUUUGAAGGAGCAGAAUCCCACCAUUGGCGAUGAAGUGGAAGAACCUGAUCAGACGGUCGAGGACAUUGCCUACUGUGAAGCACAGCAAUGUCUCAAAGAGAACCGAGAUGAUGGCCUUGAGCAAGCCAUGGAAGACUUGCCGUGGGAUAUGCAGGUCACGCUUCUCUCGGAGCAUGGUCAAGUGGACAGAGCUGUUCAGGUACUUGUCAAAAAUGGCCAGCAGCAGGCAGCUGGUGAGCUGCUCCAGUACCACAACCAUUUCCAGCAAGCCAUAGAGCUUUACCAGGAUGACACCCGCAGUGCAGUUGCAAAGUCAGUGAUGGGCAAGUGCCACUUGCUACUCUGCCGGACAUCUUUGGAUGAUGAACAGCGCGCAAUGCACCUGCAAUCUGCUCUUGACUUGGCUAGGCAAACUGAAGACAACAUUCUGGAAGGAGAGGUGCAUCUAUGUCAACGUCGUGCCGAAGACGCAAUCAUGGCCUUCCGGUCGUCUCCCCAUCGUCGGCAGUUUGCUGGUGAAAUUGAAGCAGUGUGUCUGAUGAAGGAGCAGUGGAAGUACGUAGCUGACUAUGUUGGAGAAGUGAAGUACCUCAACUUUCUGACCCAGUCAAUGUCGCUGACUCUCAGCCUGGCAGCCUCCUUUUCCGGAGGACAACCAAGUGUGUCAUGGUACACGGAUCAUGUUGAACGAUUUCUCGAGUAUUCUAUUAACGGGACAGGUGAAGUGAAGUUCCAUUACGGCCCUGCUAGUCGAUUGGCACUGGGCAUCAAGGACAUCACCGAAAAAUCCACAGUCGAGAAAAUCCACGGCAAACUAGGCGAGUACUACAUGAAGAAAUCGGAACAUCUGGCUACCUUCCACGGGCACACCGAUGCCGAGAGCGACGUUUAUCUCCCACAGUGCCUGGUGCUAGCUAUCGAGAACCAUAUGCCCUGCGCACACUGUCUCAAUGGACUGCAUGAGAAAUGCAACCAAAGGCAUCAGCACCUUGAGACAGUCCUGGUCCUCCUUGGGAACCUGAUCCAAGUGAAAACAACCCUGGAGAAUUACAAGACUCGCCUCUCUACAAAGUAUGUCCAGCAAGUAACAGCUUGGGACUGUGUGGAAUGGGAGAAAAUUGAUGAUCUGAUGAACUUAGUUCUUCUUGAGACCCGCGUCCACUUCCCUCUCGUCUCCGCCUCGGCACUGAGGGGUGUCCGUGGCAAACCAGAAGCUAGAGCAAGACUGGAAGAUCGAUUGAGUGCCAUGGUUUCUGAGGAGAGACGUGUGACCGCACAGCAGCGUGGCCUGGGAGAGUACCUCAAGGCCUCCAUGUUAGCCGGGAUCCUGGAAAGUGACACAUUGUUGGACGACUACCCUCUAUUCAACGUCAAGGUCAAUUUCUGGCAAUCUCAUCUGCAUUCACUCCACUGUGAUGCUCAUCCCGUUGAAGCAAUUCGACACUUGACCGUGCUUUACAGCAGCUUCCGAGCAUCGCAGUCAAAUCCUAGAUCAGUUGAUCUUGCUACCGAGCUUUUCCUACUGGAACGCAUCUUCACGCUGACCGUUCUCACAGCUACACGCAUGAGAGAGCGGUACAAGAAUCCCUUCUUCAUACCGCAAUGGUACCUGGACUGCCUACAAAGCUGGGAAACUCUGGUCGUAGCCAAAAAUGUCAUCCCGUGGAAGUCUGUUUUCGAAACCAUGGACACGACUAACAUUGAAACCCUAGCUGACAAUCUGGGCAACAAGGUCAUCCCUGUCGUAGUGGGCCGACUACAGAACCUUGAUAUUCUGGCAAUCAUGAAGGCAACCAAGCAGCACCUCUCGAGCGACACAAACCUUCUGGAACGCUAUCUUCUGUUAGUACUGAUGGUUGUCCUUCAGGCAUCAGCCAGAAACAGUCUUGUUUCCUCGGAAUUUGCCAAGCGACUGUUUGAGAAGGCACGAGUUGUUGCGAAUGAUGUGCUAGCAAACCAAUGGCGCUCACCAUUCACAGGAGGAACUUGCCGUUGUCGUCAACUACUAAUUGACAUCAAAUUUGGUUUGGAGAUGACAUUCGAUAAUCUCGUGUCGUGCCUUGAGAAGUUCUUCCCCAUCAAGGACGUUUUCUUCACAAAAUCAAUCAAGUGCUACACGUCCCAGUCCCGCAGGCGUGUACAGAAAGCUGUGAUACUGAGGAUCCCUUCAGCGCAAUCCAGGCAACAACCUUCCAAGGCCAAGCAGUCUCUAGCACCACUGAACACCACCAGAGCACGACCACAACAAUCCUUUAUUGUUCCAGGUGCACCAUCAAACAAGAGUGCAUGGCUCAAAAAGCCAAGUUUCGUGGACAAAACUCUAGCAAACCAAACCAAUCAGCAGGCACAGUUAUCAAACAGUGCUGCUGAAACUGGUGUAAGAGUCGCUGAUGGUGCAACUGAUGGAGAACGCGAGGAACUACCAAGUAUUGUCUCACCUGGUCCUGGUGAAAUGCCAGAUGCAAACCAAAAAGAUAUUGACACCCCAGAAAUGGUCCUAGCGAGUGAAGAACAGCCAGAAGGAGAUAAUUAUUCUGCGGUGGACUACUCGGGAGAACAAGACGAUGGUGUACUGGACUACUCCGCAGAUCAAGACAAUGUCGUACGGCAAGGCUUCACAAGCAGCUAUGACAUGGACAGAAGUGAACGAGCACUAGAUGACACCACACCAGCUGUCCCUGAGGGAAUUGAUGUAUCCCUCUCGGAAGCCGAAGGCAAGCAGGACGGCAUGAGUGCACAGCUGCCGACUGACUUUAAGCCCGAUGAAGAUGAUGGGGUCAGCGGUGACGAUGCUGCAUAUGGAGCUGAAGAUGAGUACGAGAUGACUGAAGGCUUUGAGGAGGAAGAAGAAGAUAUCGAUGAUUUGGACAAUGAAGAUCGCGGUGAUGAGAUGAAACCAGCAGAGGAAGACGCUAUUGAGAAUGAACCGUGGAAUGAAUCGGAGAAUAUCGACCUGAACUUUGAACUACAAGGGCAAGCAACUAUGUUCAGCCAAGCAAGGGCCUCAACUGACAAUGAUCUUCCCCCUGUGCAGCAAAAUGCUGAGCAGUUUGUGCAGAAGUACAUCAUCCCACACGGCAUGGACAAUAAUGUGUGCACAGUGUGUGGUGUGCCGUUCACGAAGUCAGGACUCGGUCGCCUACAGGCUCUGCAAAGACAGACAAACAGUGGAUCAACUCCCACGUUGAGCCAGAAAGAUGAACACAUGGCGUCGGUAGACCAUAUCCAACAACAGAACUGCUUCGAACGGUACAAACAAGUGGCAUUGGAAAUUGUUCCAGCCAUAUGCCUAUUGAAAACAGUCAUAUCCCGGCCAAAGACACCCGCAGAGAAAGGCAUCAAGGAUAUGAUUGAUGCCAAAAUGAAGCCGCUUCACGAGUGCAUUCGCCGCAUUGAAACUGCCCUUGCCGAUGCGUCAAACGGCUUGGCUUGGCAACUUGCAGAGAUCAAUAUCAUGGAACGUCUGCUGGAAUUCAUGAAAAACUGGAGGAAUGUACAUGCCUUUUACCAGAAUCGAGAGCUUGAGCUUGUUCCCAGCAGAGAUCAGAUGUUACUUGGAUAUCAACAGCUGCUUCUCGAAAAUGAACAACGUCAUGUACAGGAGCAGAAACGCCACCAGUUGCAGGAAGAGGAAGGGAAGCAAAUGUCCACAGCACAGUAUGAGCCGCAACAGCAAGGUCAGACAGAGCAGCAGAAGGAUCACCAGCAUCGCUUCCACCAGGAUCUUUCACAAAGUGAGCACCAAGAGCAGCUACAACAGCAGCAGCAGCUACAACAGCAGCAGCAGCAGCAGCAGCGCCAAGAGCAGCUACAACAGCACCACCACCACCAGCAGCAGCAGAAGCACCAAGAGCAGCUACAACGGCAGAAGAGUGAACCGCAACUGUAUGAACAGCAACGACAGCAGCAAGAGCAGUCACACCACCUGCAAAAACAACCGCAGCCGCAUCGUCAACUACCACAGGCACAAGAACAUCACCAGCAACUCCAACAACCACUGCAACAACAACCGCUACCACAAUCUCAACAACAACUGCGACCACAGCAACAGCAGGAACAGAAGCAGCAACAAGUGCAACACACGAUGCAGGCUGUGCCACCAAUGCAACAGCAGCAGCAGCAGCAGCAGCAGCACCACCACCAACAACAACAACAGCAACAGCAACAACAACAACAACAACAACAACAACAACAACUACAACAACAACAACAACAACAACAACAACAACAACAACAACAGCAACAACAACAGCAACAACAACAGCAGCAGCAGCAGCAUGUGCCAAAUGCAUCACGGCAGGUUUUCCAGCGACAGCAGUCACAUCCUAUGCAACAGAUGACAUCACUUAUGGGUCCACCACCAAUUCAACAACAUCCUGCACAGUCGCCGUAUCCUCAGAUGGCGGCAAUGGUUCCACCACCACGGUAUAGCCCGGGACAACCAGCAACUGUGCCACCAUCACCAUUGCUAUUUCCAGCACCACCAAUGCAAGGAGCUUCGCCUCACUUUUUGGCCGUGGCAGCUCACAUACAGGCAAACAUGCCGGCUUCACAGCAGAGACCAUUGUUACCGCUUCCACUACCACAGCCACAGGGUUCAUUUCCACCACCUGUUCUGCUAGUGCCAGGACCAGCAACGGCGGCCAUGGCUAACCUCCAGCGGUAUCCAAUGCAGCCCCAACAGAUGCAGUCUCAGGGUGCACAGUCGUUUAAUCAGCCACAGUAUGGUCAGCGUCCAGGCCCACAACGUCAGAAUAAUCAACAGAGAAGACCCACAGGUUCUCGAAGUUUUCACUUUGCUGGAAAAUUUGAUAACCCCGCUCAUGAAGACCUUGGGGAAGACAUAGCCGCUAGAGCUCGAAAUCUGAAGCCUCGGAGACACAAGCAACCACGUAAAAGAUAGCGCAGUGAAAUUUGAAGCUGCUGAGUGUGAAACGUGCAUUUACUAUCAUUUUAUUAGAAGUAAAAUGUGCAAGUCAUUGUGAUCAAUUGUGUAAUUUCAAAUCCUUAUUCCCUUUGCUCUGAUCAAUGAUGCCAUUGGAACAUAAACUGGUGCAAGCAAGUCAGUUGAGUUCUAAAUUUCUUUACCUUGCGAUUUUUGUUUUCAACUCCUUGCUUUUACAAGUACGAAGCUGACAGUAUCAUUUUUUGUGUGCGAAUACUAAUAGCUCAGUUGAGCCUCCCGAACUAUUUGUUUAGUAUCUUGUGUUUUUUCUUAUCAUUCUAACAGAACUUGUUAUGAAUUCGAAAUCUAUGUAUAGCCAAAUAGCACAUGCUUGAUUACAUAAGACCAGCACCAGUGCAGAUGAUAUACAUGUUCUUGGUACAUUGCAUUCGAAUAUCACAAUGUGGUCGACUGGACUUCUCUUUUGUUUUUUUAAUUUUAAAGAACUAUUUCUGAACUCACUUGCACAUUCAUUUCCCCAUAACUACAUUGGCUUUUGGUUUUUUUUGUACUUCAAAGCAUUAUUGGAAAUACUAGACUGACUGGAAUUGCUCACACCAGCAACCAGCCAGUACCAAGCACGGCUGGAAUAAAAUGUAGCGUGUUCUGCUUGUUGCAUAUUGUGUAAUACUGUAAUUAUAACAUGAAUCAUAAUGAUGUCAAUGGUGAACAUUAGAAAUGGAUGCGCUUUUAUGAAUACACGUACGUCAAUACUCAUCGAA